UUGGCUAUUUGGGGUUGUCUUUCUUUAUAAAGACUUGUAUUGCCAUUCCUUUUAAGGAGCUCGUUCAUUACCAACAUAUAUUACAACAAAAAAUAAUGGCCGAAACAAAGUUGAGCAUGAAGGAUAAAAGAUGGUCACUCCAUGGGAUGACGGCUCUAGUGACAGGAGGCACUCGAGGCAUUGGGCAUGCCAUUGUUGAAGAAUUAGCAGAGUUUGGAGCAACUGUUCAUAUUUGUGCCCGUAAUCAAGAUGAUAUUAAUAAGUGUUUGAAAGAGUGGAAAAACAAGGGACUUAAUGUGACGGGUUCAGAAUGUGAUUUACAAUGUUCUGACCAACGUAAAAAAUUAAUGGAAGAUGUUUGCUCCAUCUUUCAUGGAAAGCUCAAUAUUCUAGUGAACAAUGCAGCAACAAAUAUAACAAAGGAAAUAGUUGAUUACAGUGCAGAAGAUGUAUCAACCAUAAUGGGAACCAAUUUUGAGUCUGUUUAUCAUUUGAGUCAACUUGCACACCCACUUCUUAAAGAAUCUGGCUACGGAAGCAUAGUAUUUAUUUCCUCCAUUGCAGGGUUAAGAGCUGUUCCAGUUUUUUCUGUUUAUGCAGCGUCUAAAAGAGCCAUGAAUCAAUUCACCAAAAACUUAGCAUUGGAAUGGGCAAAGGACAAUAUUCGUGCAAAUGCUGUAGCACCUGGGCCUGUUAAGACUAAACUUCUGGAAUCUAUCAUGAAUUCUUCUGGAGGGGAUGACUCUAUCAAUGGAGCAGUGUCUCGAACACUUGUUGGUCGCAUGGGAGAACCUAAGGAGAUAUCAUCACUUGUCGCUUUUCUUUGUCUUCCAGCUGCAUCAUACAUCACUGGACAAGUUAUUUGUGCCGACGGGGGUUUCACAUCUUAGUUUGUGUUAAUGAUUUGGAUCAAGUUAGAAGGAUUUCUAAGAAUUUUUCUACCAAAAAAAUAUUGGGAGUUGCUACUGUACCCUUGAUAAAUGAGAGGUUUUGGUACUGUAUCUGAUGUGUAUAUGUACACAUAAUUUAAAUGCCAUGUCAAAUGUCAUG